UACAAAAUACAUAGUUUCUCAGCGCAACACAGUUACUGGCGUAUAUACCAUUUUAACGUGACCGAUAGUUAGCGAAUGGUAGCUUGAGUGCUAACAGCUAAGCUAAUGCUAAAAUCGUGGCGCAGGCUAUGAGGGCCGCUUUUGUUCUUUAUGUUUGGGUGCGGUGGUGAGCUUGCUGAAGGCCAAGCAUCCAAUUUCAGAUAAACGAGGCAAAAACUACGACACCAAGACUGAUGAUUUGGUACCGUUAAACACAGGUUGGCACUGUCGGACUGCCUCAAGAUGGUGCUACCAACAAAUUAACAUUUUAUUAACAUUAGUUCCAUCAACUGAUUCCAAAGGGGACUGUAAUCAUUCAGAACGUUGGAGGAGAUCUUUAACCUUUUAGGGAUUGUGAGCAGUCAUGGCUGAUGAGGGAUAUGUAGUCCGAAUCAGGGGUCUCCCAUGGUCCUGCUCAGUGGAUGAAGUACAGAGGUUUUUCUCAGAUUGCAAAAUUAUCAACAAUGGAAGCAGCAUCCACUUUACCUACACAAGAGAGGGGCGUCCUAGUGGAGAGGCAUUUGUCGAGUUGGAAACGGAGGAAGACCUAAAGAUUGCGGUGAAGAAGGACAGAGAAACCAUGGGUCACAGAUAUGUGGAGGUGUUUAAAUCCAACAACGUUGAGAUGGAUUGGGUCAUGAAGCACACAGGUCCUAACUGUCCAGAGACAGCAGGAGAUGGGCUUGUCCGACUCCGGGGUCUACCCUUCGGCUGCAGCAAGGAGGAGAUCGUGCAGUUUUUCUCAGGGUUGGAAAUCGUGCCAAAUGGGAUAACAUUGCCGGUGGACAUCCAGGGGAGGAGUACGGGGGAGGCCUUCGUGCAGUUUGCUUCACAGGAUAUAGCUGAAAAGGCUCUAAAGAAACACAAGGAAAGAAUAGGGCACAGGUACAUUGAGAUCUUCAAGAGUAGCCGCGCUGAGGUGCGAACCCAUUAUGAACCCCAGCGGAAGCCCAUGGGCAUGCAGAGACCUGGGCCCUACGACCGGCCCUCUGGUGGUCGCGGCUACAACAUGAUGGGCCGAGGGGGAUCUUAUGACAGAAUGCGUCGUGGAGGCUAUGGAGGAGGUGUAUCGGAUGGACGGUAUGGAGAUGGUGGCUCUUCCUUUCAGAGCACAACAGGCCACUGUGUCCACAUGAGGGGUCUGCCAUACAGAGCCACUGAAACCGACAUUUACAAUUUCUUCUCACCACUGAAUCCAGUGCGGGUCCAUAUUGAGAUUGGUCCAGAUGGGAGGGUAACCGGGGAGGCGGAUGUGGAGUUUGCAACACAUGAGGAUGCUGUAGCAGCCAUGUCCAAAGACAAAGCCAACAUGCAGCACCGCUAUGUGGAGUUGUUCUUGAACUCAACAGCAGGUGGUAGUAAUGGAGCCUACAGCAGCCAGAUGAUGGGUGGCAUGGGGAACCAGUCUUCUUACAGUGGUGGCCAGCUGAGCUCAGGGUACUCUGGUGGAUACAGCAGCCAAGGAAACAUGGGCGGCUACAGUGACUAUAGUAACCAGGGCGGAAUGGGAAGCAGUUACUAUGGCGGCGGUGGAGGAGGAGGAAGCAGAGGCUCUAUGAAUGGACUGGGUGGGGGAUGGGGAAUGUAAUUUUUUUUUAUUUUUUUUUUACGUCGGCAUUUUGCUGGAAGGACUGGAAACAUAUAUGUCACCACUAAACAUAAGGCAGGGUCAGGUGGUGUUACUUAGAAAAUAUUAAGGGGUAGGGUUUGUAUUUUAUUUUUUUUAAGUGGAUGAUCUUCAGAGAAAGUGAGAUCAUUCAUUGUCACGAGUACAACAGAAGCAUUGUCUGUCUUCCCCAUUCCUCACAGAUUUGAAACAUCACAGAGGCUGUGUCAUUACCAGGAAGUGUCGUUUUUGUGUUAUUCUCCCAGCACAUGGUCAUUAUUUAAGGUUAACUCAUCCUGCGCUAAGGGGUUUAACAGGUUUCAGUGUCUGAGUGCAUGAACAGAAAAAUCCAAGCGUCUGGUUUUUGUUCAGACCUAAUUUCAUCUUCUACGUAGUGUAUAGCUUUUUUUUUUUUUUUUUUUUUUUUUUUUUUUUUUUUUUUU